GAACUAGAUUAAUUCGAUCUUCUUAUCCGAAAGGUUACCGGGAGUCUGUGACCUUAUAAACAUGUGUUAUUGUCAGAUUGUUUACAAACUGACAAUUGGCUUAGUUGGCUACAUCUUAUGAAUAGACUUUCCUCCCUUUCCAAGUAACCGGAACUACAGAUGCAGUUAUGAGAAGACUACGUCAUCUUUUAGGAAUAGUUAGCCUUGUUUGCUUCGGUAUUCAAGAUGUUCACUGUCAAGGAAAAGCAAAACCUGUAACUACUCAUCUAUCAACAAAAUGGCCGCAUACACCUUUACUUCUAGAAGCAGCAGAAUAUUUAGCAGAAGAGAAUUCUGCUGCAUUCUGGGGUUUUGUAGAAAUUAUUGCUAAAAAAGACAUUAAAGUAGAAGUUAGAGAAAAUGAAAAAUCUCUAUUUGCGGAGACACUUGCUGCUGCCAGUAAUUUUCUAACGCCAUCACAGGUGAAGAUAUUGAAGCUAAGUCUGUCAAUGCGUAUUUAUUCUCCAAAAAUUGAGAUGUUUAGACAGAUAGCUCUUGAUAGAGGAGUAACACCAAGCAAAACAUGUGGAGCAACAGCAGAUGUUAAUGGCCAGCUGACAUGUGAUGUAAAUGAAAUGAAGAAGCUUGUUGAAGGAGGAGGAGGAGGUACAAAACCAGUUACAUAUGAAGUUGACCAUCACUUUCCAGGUGGAGAAAACUCCAAGAUUGGAGUGGUAUUGUACAGUGAAAUUGGGACACCAGAUUUCCGCCAGUUUCAUGAAGCCCUGAGUGCUCUUGUCAGAGAGGGAAAAAUCGACUAUGUUUUGAGACAUAAUAUCAAGGUCUUGCCAAGAAAAGUACGUUUAAGUGGUUAUGGCGUAGAAUUGGCCAUCAAGAGUACUGAAUAUAAAGCUCAAGAUGACACAAAGGUUGAGGAUGACAGGGGGCAGCAAGAGGAUGAUGAUGACCAAGAAGUAGAAGUGGAAGGUUUUCUCUUUUCAAAGUUAGAGUCUCUUCAUCCAGACAAAACAGAGGAACUGAAUCAGUUCCGCAAGCAUAUUAUGGACUCACAGCACGAGAUGGCUCCCAUGAAAGUGUGGCAACUUCAGCAUCUCAGCAUGCAGGCAGCUCAGCGAAUCAUGUCUGCUCCUGAGGAGGAACGCUUGAGUCUUUUUACUCACACUGCUCAAAAUUUUCCCGUGCUUGCUCGCUCGCUUGUCAGAACAAAGGUUGAUGAUAAGAUGAAGAGAGAAAUACUGAAGAACCAAAAUCAGAUAAGCUCACAGAUGGAUGUGAACCCAUCUGAUGGAGCUAUUUUCAUCAAUGGAAUGUACUUUGAUAUGGAUUAUACUGACAUUUACACGCUGCUUGAUCACAUUCGCACUGAAGAACGGGUCAUGGGAGGCUUGCAUAAGCUCGGUGUGCAAGGAGAUGCACUAAGGAAUUUACUGACCAUGGAUAUAAGUGAGAGUAAGCAAGACUACGGCAUUGAUAUACGCGACUCUGCCAUUCUUUGGAUGAAUAAUAUAGAAACUGAUAAAGCUUAUCAGAAGUGGUCAUCUUCUACUACUGAGCUGCUGAAACCUACUUAUCCAGGCAUGCUAAGAAGCAUUAGGAAGAAUUUCCAUAAUCUAGUAAUUGUAGCAGAGCCAAGUAAAUCAACAACUGCAGACUUGAUCCAACUGGUUGAGAGCUUCAUCACACAUAAUGCCCCAAUUCGUGUUGGAUGGGUAAUGGCUGUCAAUCGUGAUCAGACUCUUAGAGGAUUUGAUGAUGCGGGUAUUGCUAUGCUUUGCGCCUUCAAUUUUGUAGCUCUGCACUUUGAAGGAAGGGAUGAUGCUCACUACAAGGCCUUACAGUUCUUGACAAAUAUAUAUGCCAGUGUUCAGGGAGAUGUUACAGUUGAUGAUGUAACAUCACAUUUCAAGAAGAGAUAUCCGAGCACAGAUUUAGAGGAUGUGUUUGGAGAAGAUUCGGACUAUGAUGUGGGACGUAUGUUAUCUCAAGAUUUUGUUGAAAAAGCAGGCAUCAGCAAAUUCCCACAGGCCUUAAUGAAUGGAGUUCUUCUUCCUGAAAAACAUCUGAAUGCUGAAGAAUUUGAAGAAGUUGUCCUCAUGGAAGUUAUGCGAACAACUCAGACCUUACAACGGGCAGUUUACAAAGGAGAAUUAGAUGACAGACAUGAUGUGGUAGACUGGUUAAUGUCAUUACCAAAUAUUAUGCCAAGACUUAAUGAGAGAAUUUUGAGCACCAAGACAACAUCUUAUAUCGAUCUUACUGGAGUAGUAAGUUCAACCAUGAAGGAAUUAUCUGUGGACUCCUUUAGGAAUUUGAAGGCGUCUGAGAUGACAGCAGCAAUUGCAAACUCUUGCCAUUACAUCACAACCAAGAACGAGCCCACUCUCCGUUUUCUAACGUCCUGGAUUGUUGCUGACUUUGACACUAUUGAGGGAAGAGCUCUAUUAUUAGAAGCCAUAAAAUACUUGCGUGAAAGCAACAGCAUGCGGGUGUGUGCUAUUCAUAACUCAAGUCCCUUUAGUGAGAAUAAGAUGUUCAGCAAAAUUGUGGAGGUUGCACAGAAUACACUUGCUCCAGCCGUGGCAAGGCAGUUCCUGGCAAAAAUAUUAGAAAAGGAUAAUGCUAAAAAGAUAAUUGAUGGAACCAAGAAAUUAACUGAUUUUGAAAUGAUUGGAGUAGACAUGGAUGCAUUCCAGGCACGGUUAGCUUCACUGAAAGACGACAUUUUCAAGAUACAUUCAACUUACUGCAGCAAUGUUCUUUCGCUUCCAGCUGGAGAGAGGACAGUCAUUGCUAAUGGUCGGGCAUUGGGAGCUCUUAGAGAAGAAGAAAAAUUUGUUCAAGAAGACUUUGGUUUGUUAGAGAAAUAUGUUCAUUCUACAAUUGGUGAGAAGAUUAUGGACAUUCUUAAUGGGGAAGGUUCAGUAUUAGGUGAUGAUAUCAGUGAUAUGAUGAUGAAAGUAGCUGGAGUUUUACAAACUAAGCCACAGUCAAAGGGACGAACAAAUGUAUCUCUUCGCUCUGAACAGUACUCUGUGAUCAAAUUACAAGCCAAAGAUCCAAAUAUGCCAGCAUUCGAUAUCGUGGCUAUCUGUGAUCCAGUGUCGAAAGCUGCUCAGAAAAUUGGCCCCGUGCUGCUUGUUCUUCAAGAAGUUGUCAAUUCUAACAUUCGUGUUAUACUGAAUGCCAGGGAAAAGCAUUCUGAAAUGCCACUGAAAAGUUUUUAUCGCUAUGUAUUGGAGCCAGUACCUCAGUUUAUGGAAUCAGGUGAACUUACAGCUGGUCCAUAUGCCAAGUUUACAGGGUUGCCAGAGUCUCCUAUUCUUACCCAAAAUUAUCAUGCACCAGAAAACUGGCUUGUGGAAGUUGUAGAAUCUGUCUAUGACCUUGACAACAUUAAAUUGGAAAAUGUAGAGUCUGGUGUGCACAGUGAGUUUGAGUUGGAAUACUUGCUCUUAGAAGGCCACUGUUUUGAACAGUCAUCAGGUAACCCUCCCCGUGGAUUACAGUUUACUCUCGGCAACAGACAACAACCAGUCAUGGUUGACACAAUUGUCAUGGCCAAUUUAGGCUAUUUCCAACUGAAAGCCAACCCAGGGGCUUGGUUGCUAAGAUUACGACAAGGUCGCUCUGCUGAUAUUUACACUAUAGCCAGUCAUGAAGGAACUGACACCCCAGCAGGCUCUGCAGAUGUAGAGAUCAUAAUGAGCAGUUUUCGGUCACAAGUUGUUAAAAUACGAGUUGCAAAACAACCAGGGAAACAAAACAUGGAAUUGUUGGUAGAUGAUAAUGAGGAGUCAGGAGGUCUUUGGAAUUCUAUUACAAGCAUGCCAAUUAUCGGCCCCAUAGUUGAAGAAUGCUGUGUCAUGUUAAAGAAGAUAAAUGCUCUAGCUAAGACUUGGUGGCAAAGUACAUUCAGCUCGAGUUCUGGAGAAGAGGAUGCUGAUGAAAAAGUGAAUAUCUUCUCUGUAGCAUCUGGCCACUUGUACGAGCGAUUUUUACGAAUAAUGAUGGUGUCAGUUCUUCGUCACACAAAAACUCCUGUGAAGUUCUGGUUUCUCAAAAACUUCCUGUCCCCAAGUUUAAAGAAUGCUUUGCCUUUACUGGCUGAAGAAUUUGGAUUUGAAUACGAGUUAGUUCAGUACAAGUGGCCAAGGUGGUUGCAUCAGCAAACAGAGAAGCAGCGUAUUAUUUGGGGCUACAAGAUUCUGUUUUUGGAUGUACUGUUUCCCCUGGAUAUAAAGAAAAUUAUUUUUGUUGAUGCGGAUCAGAUUGUUCGUGCCGAUAUUAAGGAUCUCAAUAAUGAAAAUCUAGAUGGAGCACCAUAUGGCUUUGUGCCCUUCUGUGAAUCUCGUAAAGAAAUUGAAGGAUUCAGAUUUUGGAAACAAGGGUAUUGGCGAAACCAUUUAGCGGGUCGUAGGUAUCACAUUUCCGCACUGUUUGUGGUUGAUCUGAAGAAGUUCCGUCGUAUUGCAGCUGGUGACCGAUUGAGAGGCCAGUACCAAGGAUUAUCACAGGAUCCCAACUCGCUUUCUAACUUGGAUCAGGAUCUUCCAAAUAAUAUGAUUCAUCAGGUACGCAUCAAAUCCUUGCCACAGGAUUGGUUGUGGUGCGAGACAUGGUGUGACGAUGCUUCCAAGAAGAGUGCAAAAAUCAUUGACUUGUGCAACAACCCAAUGACAAAGGAAGCCAAAUUAGUUGCUGCCCAAAGAAUUAUUGAAGAAUGGAAUGAAUAUGAUGAAAAAAUUAAGGGCGUUCUUCAAGGCUUUAAGGGAACUAAGAGUAAUAAAACACAAGGUUCUUCGAGACAUGAAUCAGGACAUGUUGAACUAUGAUAUUUUAUUUGAUUUAUUGUAGGAAUUUUUGUACAUGUAAAAUAUGGUUGUGUAUUAAAUCAUUAAAUUAUUUAAACUAAUGUGUUAUACAGUAAACAAUGAAAUUAUUGUUAUUGAAUUAAUGUUCAUGUUUAAUGAAAAGUAACUUCAAGGUUUGAAUUUUUGUGUGUACAGUAGCAAUACAUGAAUUAAUUGUGACAUUCCUUUAGUAUCUCAGUUGGAUACAUGUGCAUUAGUUGAAUUUUAAAAAGUCCUUGUGAAAGAUUUUGUAAAAAAAAGUACUAUAAAAGUUUUAAAUAAA